AUGUGUGACCGGGUCUCGUCGAAUGGGCCGCGACCUGAGAGUUGGCGUCAUUUCUCAGUACAGCUGCCACGUGUUCGGCAAUUCGCGUCCGGAGCAGUCUUCUCCGAGGAGGGCGCUCCUCUCCGGCCCAUUGUUUCGCUCAAAUGCACUCCAACGUACGGACUGGCAAGAUGGCUGUUUCGGCGCCUCAAAUUUCUGACCGCUGAUUCGGACACCACGGUCUGUUCGUCAACGCGAUUCCUGGAGAAGCUUAAAGGAGUAAGUCUCUUGCUCAAUGAGGUCAUGGUAUCUUUUGAUGUCACGUCCGUCUUUACUUCUAUCCCCCAGGAUCUGGUAAUCGAGACCGUCCAGCUACUCUUACGAAACAAAUACGAUGAAACGGAGAAUCGUCUCGGACAUGCCCAAGUCCUUCAGCUCCUAAAUUUCUGUCUCAGGACGUACUUCGCAUUUGACGGAACAAUCUACGAGCAUGUGAAGGAAACACCGAUGGGCUCGCCGAUUUCGGGAUUCAUCGCCGAGGCGGUGCUACAGCGGUUGGAGUCGCUGGUCUUCCAACACCACAGACCGAAAUUCUGGGCUCGGUAUGUGGACGAUACCUUCGUCGUCAUCGAACGGGAUCAGGUGUUGACAUUCCAAGAACGUCUCAACAGCGUCUUCCCGGACAUGCAAUUCACGAUGGAGGAGGAAGAGAAUAACCAGCUGGCAUUCCUUGAUGUCCUCGUCUGUCGCAAAGAUUGUGGUGGCCUAAAGACCAAAGUGUUCAGAAAAGGAACGGACACGACGCAAAUUUUGAACUUCAACAGUAACCACCCAAUCUGCCACAAACGCAGGUGCGUAAGAACGCUAUUUCGGCGUGUUGAAAGGCAUUGCAGUGAACCGGAAGGCAAGGUUGCUGAAUCCCAAUAA